ACUAACAAAAACAAAAAGAAUAAAGAUGGGAAUCAUUGGUAAGAGUGUUUCUCUAACUCUCUUAGCACUUUUGUGCUUCAGUUCCUCUGUUUUCACCUUAGGAGUGAAUCAACCUGGUUUAGCUCCCGAUCACCUUACCCUACCACCAUCCCCCCCACCGGUCAAAGCUCCAAUCAAACUACCUACACUCCCACCGACCAAAGCUCCCAUCAAACUACCAGCUCUUCCACCGGCCAAAGCUCCGAUCAAACUACCAACUCUUCCACCGGCCAAAGCUCCGAUUAAGCUACCAACUCUUCCACCAGCCAAAGCUCCGAUCAAGCUACCAACCCUCCCACCGACCAAAGCUCCGAUCAAGCCUCCGGUUCUCCCACCUCUUUCCCCUCCUAAGUUCAACAGGACUCUAGUGGCCGUGCGUGGUUUGGUCUACUGCAAACCAUGCAAGUACGCUGGUGUCAACACCCUCAUAGGCGCCAAACCCGUUAAAGAUGCUGUGGUGAGACUUGUGUGCAAGAACAAGAAGAGCUCAAUAUCCGAGACAAAGACGGACAAGAACGGAUACUUCAUGUUCUUGGCCCCUAAGACGGUGACCAGCUAUGGUAUCAAAGGUUGCCGAGCUUUCCUCGUGAAGUCGCCGGACGCCAAAUGCAGCAAAGUGUCGACGCUCCACGGUGGAGACAAGGGGGCCUAUCUAAAGCCGGUCGUGAAACCAGGAAAUUCCACAACCAUCAUUAACAAGUUCACGUACGGUAUUUACAAUGUCGGUCCAUUCGCAUUCGACCCUGCCUGCCCCAAAUGAGAUGUUUUUAAUAAUAACUAGCCAAACUUUGAUUGUGGCUCAAACACAAUUUAGUGAUUGUGUUACAUGUAUCGGAUUUGGGUUUCUUUGUAUGGGCUUUUAUGUUAGUGUCUUUCUAAUUUGCUUCUUUAAUAAAAAAAGUGACGUUUAGAUGUUAA